GUGUGUAAUAAAGCUCGUAUAAAUUAAAAUAAUAUUGUGAUUACGAUGUUGUCCUUUGACGACGUGACCUAUAUAAUAUUCUACAGAGUGGACCACCGGUAUCUACCAUUUUUCUGUGUUGGUGACCAAAUAAAAAACAGAAAAACAUUGUGGGCCACCCUAUAUCAUAUGUAUAAUACAUAAUACUAUAUUAUCAUGUAUGCACUACACCUAUUCCCGAAAUCUAACCCAACGAACUGAUGUAUUAUUGUACUAUGUUGUCUGGUAGACGGCCGAAUGUGUAGCCGCCAUGGUCACACAGCUGAUGGAGUGGCAGAAGAACGCCAGGGCAACUUUACUUAGCCGAACGCUGGAAUGCGGAUGUCCGGACUCCACGUGCGCGGACGGACAAUCGUGCUCACGUCCGAUCAGACGGAUUUCACCGUCAGACAGCAAUCAGGUGUCGUCGACGACUGGAAAUCGAUCGCGCCCCGGUACAAUGUUACUCACCAACCACCACGUUAACUCGUCCAGAACCACGAUGAACACAUUAAUGAUCGCUAAUCACGUCAAUCAUAAGGCACAAAGUGGGCCUACCUCCUUGAACACCACAAUGAACAACAACUUGUUGUCAAAUUCCACAAGGGAUUUUCGCAAUCAACCACAACAACAGCAACCGCAGCAACAACAACAAAUAAUUCUCAAGCACGAUUGCAGAGAUAACAAUCAAAUAUUAAACAACAGACAACCACCGAUCAACGUGACGGACAAUAAUCACAUUCCCACUACAAUGAUAUCAUAUAAGCCACAAGGUUCAGACGAAGUGAUCCACGUGUAUACCGAAAAACAAACGUAUCACACUUCACAAAAUCAAGACGAACAUGCUGUACACUUGUUCCACGGACAAGAUCAUCUAAAACAACAGUCGGACCACGUGAAAUCGGAAUUCUAUGAUGUCACAUUAGAUUUGACCCACGACGACAUACAACAGACGCUUUCAGCCAAUAUGCCUGUCUCGUGUGCCAAUGCUGAUCAAUUGUUACGAUUGGAUGACGAUCAUAGUAAUAAAAAUCUAGACGGCCCUGGAGACGAUGUAUUUGUGAGUCUCGAUGCGUUUGAUAUGCUUACUGACUUCCAAGAACUUGAUAUCCUAGAACAUGCAACGCAACAUGCUUCAAAUUUAGUUACGGAUAUAGGGACAAAUGCUGUGGAUAUGCAGCCACAUGGGCAACCACAAUUAGACAUGGAUGUACUACAAAUAACUGAUUACUGUCCUGAAUGGGCAUUUCCCGAGGGAGGUGUUAAGGUACUAAUCACGGGUCCCUGGUUUUCUUCCUCAUCGUACACUGUUAUGUUUGAUACGAUCACAGUUCCAAGCACUUUGAUUCAAGGAGGUGUUUUACGAUGUUACUGUCCAGCUCAUGAUAUAGGCACCGUUACAUUGCAAGUAGUCAUUGAUGGGAGGCCAGUAUCAACCACCGCGAUAUUUGAAUACCGUCAACACGAAUUCCCACUAACUAUUUCCUCAUUAUCAAUGUCACACACAGCCAUCUCUACUCAAAUUUCAUUUGCUACAAAAACUUGA